UCAAGUUCCAAUGUCUUGUGACAUAAGUGCACCGCCGGGACACAAAGGGCAGAUCACUGACAGAUGAGGGUAGCCAUCAACACGGAAAGGAAGCGGCGAAUGGGUGAAGACGAAAGACAGUUAAUGCCUUUCAAGAAAAUAUUGAACACUUGUACCAACCAGUAACAGACACGUACUGAGCAACAAUCAAACUGAAUAAUAAAUAAACUUAGAGUGACAAUGACUUCUGUCAGAAUCAGCUUCUGCCACUGAUGGAAUCUGUGCAGUAGACAUCGAAGCGGAGUGCUUCUGUCCUAUAAACUGAUAAACACAAAAGUCAGUGGAAGUGUUGCCGCUUAGUCAUGCCGCGCAGCAUUCACGUGUCGAGGAGGGACGGACGCUCUUCGCUUCUUGCCGCUCGUGAGCAUCACGUGACAAGGACAAAGCAGCGCUCGAGGCCAGCGAUGGAUUCCCAAAAGAAGAAGAGUGGGCAGCUGCUUCAGCCGACAUUGGGUCUUGUACAAGGGCUCAUGUCGGUUCUAAUAAUGGCUGCUCUUUCAUUCAUGACACACUUUGCAGAGAAAUGGAAGUCUGUUGGCAAACGUGAGGACUGCGUCGUUGGUGACAACAGCAGCGAGGACGACAACAUGCCUUCACCCACCAGACAAUAUAGAAGGCCACGUUCCAGCUCUACAGUGACCCGUACACCUGUUGCCAGGCAACGCCAUUGCCUGCGUCGCAUCCAACAGCGUCGGACAUCGUCCUCGCACGUCAUCUGCUGUCCGACAGAAGAAGAGAAAGGCGAUAGAAACAGAUAUUCCCACAUGAUUUUUCCCCAGACCCUCGACAAGGAGGCGGUUAUUGCAGACUGCGAUCCAAAGGAAAGCUGUCAAGAAAAUCUCUGUGCUUCAGACAUUCAAACUAGUUCAAGACACAGAAGCCACAUUCCUGCAGGUUUCACCAACACUCCUUCCCACGCUGAGGAGCAAAUCGAAGACAUAGAACCAGAUGGCACGAGUCAUUUAGAAGGACUGAAGUCAGAUGCUACGACUAAAGAAGGGUGUGGGCUGCCACCAAAGAAAUUUAUCGACAUGAAGGCUGGGCACAAAUACACCCAGGAUACUGAUGCGGAAGGAGCUUUGCACAGAAAUGUCACCGAUAUUUCUCUACACCACAGCAAGCCAGACAUUUCUCAGGACGAAAUAGACCAUUCUCUGUGGAAGGUUAUACUAGGUAUUUCUGUAUGCCAGAGUGACCCAGCAAGCGAAGCUCCUUCCUUCCAGAACAGUACCAGGGACAGGGCUAGUGUCUCCUAUACUGACCUCGAGAACGGAGCUGUCAGCGAGGGUCAUGAAUGUGUGGAAGGUCAAAGCUCCAAAGAUGGUGGAGAGCAGCAAACGCAGAGUGGAAACUUUGAAGGUGGAUGUCAAGAUAAGGGUCAAAGCUGCCAAUGCCGAAAUAAAGCUACCGGCGGGCUCCGUGGUUCCGCAAGUGGUGGAGACGGCGGCGGCGAUGAUGACGACGACAGGGACAGAAAAGACGAAAAAAGAUCAAUGGACGAGUGCCUGCAUUUGACAAACCAUAGGAAGAAGAAGAAAAAGAAAAAGAAGUCGAAGAAAGCAGCACGUGCGGUGAAAGAAGGGGUAACUGAGAUGACCAGUGACGGUGCGGAAACCUUGCAUGUUCUGUCCGGUCCUGUGAGCAACACUGCCGCCAGGUCAAGCAGCAAAGGUCACGGCUGGAUGGUAAACCAGGUGAGCGAUGGGGACAACGCUGUUCAUCAUACAGAUGUACCACCACCACAACCACCACUACCGCCACCACGACCACCAUCAGCAUGUGGAAAUGGUCACAAAAGCUCGCAGUCUCAGUCUGAAGCAAUUCCAUUUGAGACAACCGAAUCCAGCUCUUCCUCCUUUACUGCAGGACAUAAGUCAAACAGCCAGCGGGUCAAUGAUUUUGAAACACAGCUACUUGGCCACGGCCAGCCUCAACCCAUAGCUGCUGAAGACAUGGUGACACAGCCGUUCCACAGUGACCAAUGGCAAACCAAAGUCUGCUGCUCACAACCUCCACAUGAGACGGGUCUGUUUAAGCACCCACAACAGUGUGAGGAGGACUUACAAAGAGAACAGAAUCUGGAUUCCUGCUGCCCACAGCCCAUUUCCACUCAAAGUGAACAAGUGCAGCUCAGUCUUCUUGAAGAUGCUCUGGCUGCCCAAACAUCCACUGGCCAGCUUGCAGAACUAAAGAAAGUAUCAGGCCUUCAUGAUAUUUUUCCUGUGGAAGUGCAGCUCAAAAGACCACAGCAGUGCGUGGAGGACUUAACAUUGAAUGCAGCAGCUAUUUCAUCUCGAGGUCACCAUAGUGAUGGCCAUACUGUGAAUCAUGACACUGGGCCACAACAAGCACAGAGUCGAAAAGCUGUGCGCAGUCCGAUUACAAUCAGACCUAAUGUUGUGGUGGUCGAGAAAAGUAGCCAUGACGCGUUGCUUGAGAGUUAUCGGGACAAGUUGUUAGAAAACUGGCAUCUCAGAAGGAGAUACCUCUGCCAGAAGUGUUGGACCAACAACUUUGAUCGCGUCCUCUGUCCCUGUGGUCAUCUCCUGUGUCAUACAUGCGGGCAUAGACAGACCCGCUGUCCCGUUUGUAAUUCGAUGGUACAGUCUGAACACUUUGCUUCUUUCUCAUAAUAUGUUGACUUUCAUAGCUACUAUGCAGUCUACAUUCUAGUUAAAGUGAACUAAAAUAAUAACCACGUAUUCAACUUUCCUAGAAGUUUUUUAUUCAUUUUCUUUUUUGUACAUACACACACAUUCUUACUCAUUUUUAGCUCUGUAUAAGCGCACACACACACAUAUAUAUAUUAACAGACACUAGCAGGCACACACACACACACAGAGGCUGGGUGUGAUGCGGAGGUGGCGAGAUAAGGGAUGACAAAAGAGCGACGAGAUAAUGAGUUUUGAAUGAAAAAAUAUCUAUGUAUCGUUUUUCCUCUGAUAAUUUAUUUAAAAGAAGCAAUACAAAGUACAAAAAUCGUGGCAUGGUGGUAGAUACCACACAGCCAUUUAAAAAUAUUUCACAUAUGUUCAGUUACUACAUCAUUCUUUGAGAUUACGCUGUAGAGACUAAGUAGUAGUUCGUUUUGUACAUUCCAGGGAAAAACUCGAACAAAUAAUAGUCUUCGUCAUCAUGCUCUUAUAAAUGUUUUUAAUAUACAAACAGAAGAGCCGUAUCACAGUACCAUUGUGUGGUCAGUUUGAAUAAUAUAAUAAUCUAAACUCAAGGCAUUUAUCUUCUUUUAUUUACAUGCAGACAUUGUGCCAUUGUAGGGUUUAAAAAAUUGAUGUAUGAUUUUCUGUUUUAAGCGCACAAGUUUACUGUUAAUAUGCACAACCAUUUCUUUAAAUGCUUUCAUAUACAUGGAAACACAGGAGUAGAAUUUUAGGACACUUUUUCCCCCUCUGUUUUAAGCAAGUUCAUUUUAUUAAUUUUCAACUGUGAAAAUGCGCUUUCGAAAAUACGUUCAAGAAAUCUCACGCAUUACUGUGUUUAGCCUACGGUUUUCAAUGACGAUCAGAUGUAUUUUUAAGAUGUAUUUUUAAGAUGUAUUUUUAAGAUGUAUUUUUAAGAUGUAUUUUUAAGAUGUAUCUUAAUAGGAAAAUAGAAACGAUAGUUCGAAAACUGAGCCCGUUUUUACAGAUGAUUGUAAACUUAUGGAGAAAGCAAUUGGACUAGACAGCUGGGCUUAUUUUUUAAAACAGAGUAAGUAAACUAUGUUCUUUUAUCAACUCGUUUCUUUGAAGGCAUGAGAGAUUUGUGGGAAUGUUUCUAAACUGAGGAUGCAAAUUGAUUAUGCAAUGGACGAUGAUUUUAAGAUUCAAAACUUUUUCUGUUCAGGUCACCAGUAUGAACUGAAAAUAAAUAUUGAAUGGAGAUAUUUCUUUUAUAUGCAAAGCCUUUUUUCAACCUUUAACGACGGUACGUGAGUUAAAGACGAUCAAACAAAAUAGUUUAAAAUAAUAUUAUUUGCCAUUUUCCCUGGAAUUAUGAUGCAUAAUGUUACACGCUUGUAUAAAGUGUGCAUGUGUGGCUUUUGAGUUAUGUGUUACAUUCUUUUUUUCCAUGACCGAUAGGAGUAUAUAAGAAAUAUACUAUCAGGGCUAAGGCUAAAUUAUUUGGGAUCCCAGGGACCCCUUCUUCAGAUUUUUGAGGGGUCCCUGUUCUUCGCCCAAAUUUGAAGGGGACCCCAUUGACGAAAAUUGAAGGGGUCCUCUGAACUUUUAAUGCGUACUGUACGCAACUUUUUGCGUAAGCAGAAGCCCUGAAUAUGUUUAGUAAAUGUUUACUAUGCUACUUUCUUCUGUAUGCAAAAUUUUAUAUUAAAUUUACUGCUAAGUAUUUAUUUUGCUACUUUCUUCUACAUGUAAAGGAAUUAUAUUACCAUUUUGAAGCACACAAUUUUAGUACUAUAUGAAAUAAAACGUUUGUUUUCUCUUAA